AUGGUGAGGCUCAUCGGCGGAGCAUUGUGGACAGUCGCAGUCCUGCUCCAAGUUCGCUUCCUUGCCUCCGAAGAUCUCAUGUUUCGAGUCGGCAAUCCUCUCCGCCCUUGGAACCUUUUUGGAGAAGACCUUCAGAAUUCCGAGGAAUUUGUGCAGAGUGCGCUGGUCUUGGACUCCAGCGUUUGCUUCACUGCCGGUGGUAGUGUGGAGGCUGUGUGGGCCAAUUUCGGUGAGCUACAUCGCACAGGGCUUUGGCCUGCAUUUGUCGCGCUGAGACAUGUCACUGCCGCGACGUGGAGUGUCCAGCAGCUGGUGCAGGUGGCGGAGGACUCCUCCUGGGCCCCUGUGCGGCUGCGCCUCCGACAGCCGCUGGAGCUGCUGCCGGGGGAUUGUUUGGGCUGGUACCGACCAGCAGGCAGCCUACACAUCGCGGGCGCGCCCACCUGGCAGAAGCCCGGCUGGCCGCCUCCGCUGUCUAGUCAGGCCGCCAACGCUGUAGCUGCAGGAGCGUCGUGCAAGGAGGAACCGUUGCCUGGGCAGCACUUCGAGUUUACCGAGUUCCAUCACGUGCUUCAUGCGAUUUCCGUGGAGUUUGUGCCUGCUGUGCACAGCUUCCAGCGGGUGGCACUCCAGAAACUCGGCCACGAUACUGACACCACCGUCACCACCACGCCCCGGCUGCGCUUGGAUUUCACCAACGAGCAGCUCGCACUCCUAUGCUGGGGGAAGAAGAAGAGUGCGGGGUUGAAUGGAUGGAAGAGUGCUUACGAUCCAGUGGACUGCUGCCUCCCACUACCACUGGGCUCUAGACCUUGUUUCCGGGCCUUCGUCUCCUACGAGGCCUGCUGCAAGCCAGAGGUGGCUGGCCCGGUGUUCGGAGUGGGACUCGACACACUAGAAGAAGUGGUAUCUGUAGGUCCAGCAGGUAUCACUGAAGGAGUGCUGCCAUUUGCCAUGGCGACCUUCCAAGAUGCGGUGAUGUCCCCUCGAGUUCAAGAUGUCGUGGAGACGGAGCUCGAAGACUGGCCCAUCGAUGGGACGCACCCAGAAUGGAAGGGCUUUCUGCAGCAGCAGUUCUCCAAGCAAGCCGCACUGUUGCAGCAGCUCACCCUGCACCUCCGAGAGGAGACCCAGGCUGGUAUCAAGUUGGAGAACAAGAAGCUGCCUGCAAAAGAGAUAUGCCACUAA